GCGUGUCCUGUGUGGAUGUGUGUGUUUGCCUGUGUCCAGUUGGGCCCGAGGGGAUCUGAAAGAUGGCGGCGGCCGGGGGUUCCCCGCUGCUGUGGGUGGCGGAGGCACUGGGGGCUUCCGAAGCGGCUCUCCGACUGAUCCUGUCUAUUUUUAUAGGAUACCCCUUGGCCUUAUUUCAGAGACACUUCCUCUUCAAGAAGCCGCCAUCUCACAUCCACCUGUUUAAUACGGUGACCGGACUCUGCAUCGCUUACUUCAACUUCGGGUCUCAGUUGUAUCACUCGUUACUCUGCGUCGUGCUGAAUUUCCUCAUCCUGCGGCUCAUGGGAAGAACCGUUACGGCCGUAUUCACCAGCUUCUGUUUUCAAAUGGCAUACCUGCUUUCUGGUUACUAUUACACGGCCACCGAUAAUUAUGAUAUCAAAUGGACAAUGCCGCACUGCGUACUCACACUCAAACUCAUAGGACUCGUGUUCGAUUAUUAUGACGGCGGGAAAGACAAGGCCAGUCUCACGCCAGAGCAGCAGCGCCACGUCGUGCCUCGGGUGCCCACUUUGCUGGAGGUCUGCGGCUUCUCCUAUUAUUAUGGCGGCUUUUUAGUGGGGCCGCAGUUCUCCAUGUGCAGCUACUUGAAACUCGUGAACGGGGAGAUGACCGACGUUGAAGGGCAGAAGCCAAACUGCAUAAAGCCGGCCAUGGAGCGCCUUUCCCUCGGCCUUUGCACCCUGGUCAUCUACAUGGUGUUCGGGCCGUACCUGCCCGAUAACUACUUCCUGAGCGAAGAGUACGCGAGCCAGCCGUUCUGGUACCGCUGCGUGUACAUGACCAUCUGGGGCAAAGUGACUCUGUAUAAGUACGUGACGUGCUGGCUGGUGACGGAAGGCGUCUGCAUUCUGUCUGGCUUAGGCUAUAACGGGAGAGACGAGACGGGGCGGCCCCGCUGGAACGCAUGCGCCAACAUGAAGGUGUGGCUGUUUGAGACCACGCCCCUCUUCACUGGAACCAUCAGCAGCUUCAAUACCAACACCAAUGAUUGGGUUGCAAGAUACGUCUUUAAACGGCUCCGUUUCUUGGGCAACAAGGCCGUGUCCCAGGCGACGGCCCUCUUCUUCCUGGCGAUAUGGCACGGCAUGCACUCCGGAUACCUCGUCUGCUUCUCUCUGGAGUUUCUCAUUGUCAUGGUGGAAAAACAGGCGAUGGAGCUGGUGAGAGACAGCCCCCUGCUCAGCCGGAUCUGCUCCGUGCCUCUCCUGCGCCCCGUCUUCUACGUCGUCCAGCAGUUCUUCCACUGGUUCUUCAUGGGAUAUCCGCUGGUGCCAUUUUGCCUUUUCACCUGGGACAAGUGGAUCAAGGUGUACUCCUCGGUCUAUUUCAUUGGCCACGUCGUUUUCUUAUUGCUGCUCUUCGUGCUGCCUUAUCUUCGCACGGUCCUGGUGCAAAAGAAAGAAAAGCUCCAGAAAUCCCAGUGACCGCGCUCCACGAUUGUACGCCGCUCGUCUCCCUCCGAUAUUCAACGUGUUCCCCGGAAAGGCUCCUUCCGUGCCGGGCGAGGGGAUGACCGCGGACCGCUCUGGGAAUUGGGAGAUAACACUGCCGGGGUUAAAGAAAAUUGCUGAUUCUUUUUUUUUUUUUUUUUUUUUUUUUAAAUUAAACAAAAACUGACUGCCGCUGCGGACAGCCCUGCAGGAAUGGGGGGGGAACCCAUUUUUUAGACUUUUCUACUGUUUGGGAUGUUUCCCGGACGCAUCUACUUGAGCUUUUUAAUUUUUUUUUCCCCCCGAAACACUCUUUCGCACAACAGUCUGCGGGGGGCAGUUGGUUUGUUUCACGGGGCAGCUAAUAGUACGGAUUAGUAACCCCCUUUUGCCCCGUGUGCCACGGAGGGCUCCGAGGUCUGGAUCUGAGCCUCUCAAACUCCGGGGGGCCGUUACUAACUCUGAACACGUAGAAUGUGAUACUGGGGGCAACAGAGACGUCCGUCUGGAACCACCGACCCGGGGGUCGCACGCACUUACCCACGUCCGGAGCAAAUGGAACGCCCCGGGGAGGGGGGUAAAAUGGGUUUCUCGCCCAUCAUCGCAGCCUUAGCCAGUGGUGGCUCCCGGAUCGUUGGUGUUGAUUGGUUAACGCCGUCACGUGAUGACACAUCUGGACAGCAGCCUUUUUUUUUAAGUCACUUUGUGUCCUAGAGCUGCAAUAAAGCACUCUGCCAGUUAA